AUGUUCUACGCAGUGAACUUUUUAUCAAACAAAGGAAAGCUUUCAGCCGCAUGGGUGGCUGCUUAUUUCGACAGAAGACUAAGCAAAUCUGACAUACAGCAGGUGGAUAUAGAAGACACCGUGAAUUCAAUAGAAUCAGGAGAUGUACCCGAGCUUGCGCUGAGAACAUCUAGCCACAUUCUUUUGGGGCUUUCUAAGAUACUCUUUAGAAAGACAAAGAUACUCUAUGACGAGUGCAAAGAGCUAUUUAUAUGUGUAAAGAAAAAGGAACCAAGUGACCAGCAGCCGUCUAAGCUCAGUAAGAAAAAAAUAACAUAUAGUAUUGAUAUAUUCAAGCACAUGGUACUACCCAAUAAGAGUAUAGAGAGUAUUGAAGAAGAAAUAGAAGAGGGGAGAGGAUCUAUUGGAGGAAUGUUGAGCUUUCAGGAUUAUUCAUUUAGCUUAAACAAUAUAUCUCUGUCUCUUGCAGAAACAAUUUCAGAGAUUCAGGCAGCAAGCGAAGCAAGUGCUAUAAUACUACCAGAGCAGCACAGUAUAGUGCAUGAAGAUCAAAGCCGAAGAAGCCACGGGGAGACCAUGCAAGUAGGGGCAAUAAGCAUAGAUGCAAAUCUAUCUGCUAUUUCUAUAGGAGAUCCAUCAGUUAUGCUAGAUACUAUUCUAAAUAGCCCAGUAAAACCUUCCCGAAAAAGGCAGGAGAGUCUUAUAGAAACAAAAAGACAGAAGAUAGACCAAACAACAGAGAUAGACAGUAAAUGCAUCAAAUUGAUCAAACACCAGGCAAUUAAGCCAUUUACAGAAGAAGCAAAAAGAUCGCACCUUCCAAUAGUUCUGCAGGGUAUUUAUACCUCUCUGCAAAAAAUGCACAGUUCUAUUGGGCAGCAAGAAAUAAACACGGGAAAGAAAUCAGAAGAGCGGCAAAGUAUAGUGAUGGAAAGCACAAUAAGUGAAUUGCCUGGGGCAACACAGAAUCUAUCCAGCACAACUAUUGACCAAAUACCAGCAGAAGCAUCAAAUGCCUCAAUAGAAGUUCCAAGAGGUGGAGAAACCACAUUUAUCUCCGCGCCAGGUGCAGACAUGUCAUUUAUGCCGCAGAAUGGAGAUCUAUCUAACGAAAGUAUUUUAGGCAGAGAAAGCUUAUCUAUACAGCAGAUUUCCGAGGACUUAUUAUCUAGUGACAGAAGAACAAAAGCACAGGCGUUUAUGCACUUACUACGCAGAGUAACAGACGGGAGUAUUUGUGUGUCGCAAGAGUCGUCUUAUGGUCUAUGCACAAUAAAUCAGAGAAGACAAGAAACAGUCGUAUAGAGAAGAAAUUCAUGCAUGAUAAAAAUUCUUAGAAAGAAUUGCACAGUUAUAUUUGCUAGUUACUAGUAUAGAUAACAGAACCG